UCUCUCUCUCUCUCUCUCUCUCUCUCUCUCUCUCUCUCUCUCUCUCGACAAUGAGUAGUAGUACCGGAACCGUGUCCAAUAACCCUAAUGAUCAGUGGCACCAAUUCUACACCCAAAACCUCAAUUCUUCUACUCCUGCUUCAAUGUUUUGCCAGGAUCAAGUCUCUGAUGCCACCGACGUCACCACGACCACUACAACUUCAUCUUUACCGGGUCAUGCCGGUUUAGGUCACCCGAGCUCCAGCACCAACAACAGCUUGAGCCCGGAUCAAGGCCGAGUUUCGAAGCCGGCUCGGAAAAGGUCUAGAGCCUCAAGAAGAACUCCCACCACGCUACUCAACACGGACACUACCAACUUUCGUGCCAUGGUGCAGCAAUUCACUGGGGGUCCUACUACGGCGUCGUUUCCCACUGGUGCGUCGAAUCUUAGCUUUGGCCUCGGCCCCACCAGGCCACAGAACUUUGUUGUGCCUCCCGGGGCGGCGGGCUACUAUCCUCUACAGCCUCAGCAGCAACAACUCUUGCAACAACAACAGCAACAAUACCAACAACGUCAGAGCCAGCAAUACUUGUUUUCGCUGAACAACAACAACGACAACGUUAACAGUGGAGAUCAUGGGUUUCUUGAGAGAUUGUCAUCAAGAGUGGGGCCCACAAACAUGGUGAUGGGACAGUCGUCCGAUCAUGAUCAUCAUGAGUUUCUGAGGGAGGUUGCUGCAUCCCAAGUGCCUUCUUCUGCUAGGCCGCCCAGUUCUAAUACUUCUGCCAAUGAGAACAGGAGUUACAUGUUUUGAGAAAAUUGAGGUGACUUAAAGCAGAAAAGUUAGGUAGAGUGACUUAUCUUAGGGACAAAAUUCUUGACCAAUGUAUGUAUCUAUAUAUAUAUAUAUAUAUAUAUAUAUAUAUAUAUGAAAAACAUAAAUAUAUUUAUCUUUUAUCUUU